AUGGCAUUCGUUCUCUGUGCCGCUAAAUAUGGAAAUCGUAGCUCCAGGAGGCGUUGCAUGCGGAGGUCGCUGAACGCUCUGCACACCCGUCUCGCAGUAGCUGCGCACUUGAAGAAACUUAGGUGGAGUGAGUUCGAGGACCGUGCCGCGUACCAGCCACUGCCGGCAACGUGGCGAGGCGAGUUUGACUCGGUGUCGCCACUGGACGAGAUGAGUGGUGGGCAAGUGAAACCUGUUAAAACCCAGGUUUUCGGACAAGUGUAUGAGGAACCGGUUCCUCUGGAGCUUCGCGCCGAAGACGACGACGCCUUCCGUCGUUUCCAGGCGUUGAUGCUCGCCGACCGUGCGGCAGAACUUGAGGCUUUGCAGCAGCGGCGUGCAGCGUACGGCGACGACGCUGGAGUCAUGAGCAACAUGCGUAUAGAGACGAUCUACGCGCAGCCAUGUGUGGAAUACUGGCGAGGUCGUUCUUGA